UUCUGAAUUCGUAACAUGAAUGGGAUGGAUUGAAGAGAGAAGGAAAGCAGACAAGGAAUCUGUAUAGUUCUUUAGGAAAAAGUGGUGUAUGAGAAGAAUGGACGUCACUUCUUUUAACUAGCAAAUACAAGAACACAGUUUUUCUGGAAGAAACCCAUUUCCUGAACCUUGUGAGUUUCUACUUCAGAGUUGCUAUUCGGUUACCUUCAUGCAGUUUUCUUCCCAGCGGUAAGAACCAUGGCUGGUGUGAGACUUCGGGGACUAACAUCUUCCAAACUCUAUCAACGCCGACAAGAGCGCCUGAGUGGCAUAGUGUCACUAUUGAAUGAUGAGAAAGAGAGGGCAACUGGGAUAUUGGGUAAUAUGUCAGAUGCCCUUGCAAAUGCUGUAUGUGAACGCUGUCGAGCCCGUUUUGAUCCAACUGAACGUAUUGUAAACAGCAAUGGAGAACUGUAUCAUGAAAACUGCUUUGUCUGUGCUCAGUGCUUUCGCCAGUUUCCAGAUGGCCUCUUCUAUGAUUUUGAAGGGAGAAAAUAUUGUGAGCAUGAUUUCCAGAUGCUAUUUGCACCAUGCUGUGGGGAAUGUGGUGAAUUCAUCAUUGGCCGAGUCAUCAAAGCAAUGAACAAUAAUUGGCAUCCCGAAUGUUUUCGUUGUGAACUCUGUGAUGUAGUUCUUGCUGAUUUGGGUUUUGUGAAGAACGCUGGCAGACAUCUCUGUCGGCCUUGCCACAAUCGUGAGAAAGCCAAAGGCUUGGGCAAAUAUAUUUGCCAGAAAUGUCACUUGAUAAUUGAUGAGCAGCCUCUUAUGUUCAGGAACGACUCCUACCAUCCAGAUCAUUUCAGCUGCACCCACUGUGGGAAGGAAUUGACCGCUGAUGCCAGGGAGCUGAAAGGAGAGCUCUACUGCCUACCGUGCCAUGAUAAGAUGGGCAUUCCAAUCUGUGGGGCUUGUCGGCGGCCUAUUGAGGGUCGAGUGGUCAAUGCUCUAGGAAAACAAUGGCAUGUUGAGCACUUUGUUUGUGCCAAAUGUGAGAAGCCAUUCCUGGGACACCGGCAUUAUGAGAAAAAGGGUCUGGCUUACUGUGAGACUCAUUACAAUCAGCUCUUUGGAGACGUCUGCUACAACUGCAGCCAUGUGAUCGAGGGGGAUGUGGUAUCUGCUCUCAACAAAGCUUGGUGUGUAAACUGCUUCUCCUGUUCUACCUGCAACAUCAAGCUCACCUUGAAGAAUAAGUUUGUGGAAUUUGACAUGAAGCCAGUGUGCAAGAAAUGCUAUGAGAAAUUCCCUUUGGAGCUGAAGAAAAGGCUGAAGAAGUUGUCUGAGCUGACCUCCAAGAAAACACAACCCAAAGCUCUGGAUCUGAAUUCUGCUUAAACAGGUCUCUGCCUCCUUCACACUGCACUCUUCUUCCCGAGUGGCAAUCACCCAAGAAUGGUUAAAGGGCCCAAGACACACAGAACCUCACCAGUUGCAUUUUGUAAUCUGAAUGUUUUCUGCUCAGGUAUAUUGCGCAGAGUCUGGCCUUUGGGGAAAAAAUGCUGUGGAUAUACAUGAAGAUGCACUAUUUUCCUUUUGUUAUAAAUGUGUUUUGUGAUUUUUUUCAUCUUUCAGUAUUAAAAGCCAGAUUUAUACUAUAUGUCACAGUAUUCUAUAAAUUGUUAAAGUAAGUAAGUAAGGGGUAGAAGUGGGAAAUAGGUUACAUUCUACCCUUUGUGAACAUUAUCUUAAAAUGGCAAGGGACUAAUAAGUAGUGAUCUAACAAUUUCAGUUAAGCUAUUAUGACAAUAUGAUAAAGCUCCACUGGUUUUAUUAGAUGGCUGUCCAUAUCACUGUAAUGGUGAAGCUUGAUGUGUUUUCUUUAACCAACAAAACAUUUCAGCUGCUGAAACAGACACUAAUGCUUAAGCUAAACUUCCUACCUACUAUAUAUUUUCUCACACUGUAAACUAGAAACAGCAGAAAAUAAGACCUGAAUGGACCAAAACAAUUUAGCUAGAAACCUCAAAAAGCUACUUUUUGAGAUAUAAUGUCUCAGGCAAAUAUAGCUAGAACAGAUAAUUUGGUGGGGAGAGGUGAGGGAGGAGUCAGAAUUUUAAACUGUUUCUUCCUGCUUAAUAAUGGCAUCAGUGAUUAUUCUGUUAGCAACAAGAUUUUGUGAACAUCAUUUGGUGUAAUCCAUAUGCUACACUUUACAAUUUAUCUUCAUUUUAUUAUGAUUCUGCUAAUGCCAUUCCAAAUACCUAUACUGUAUGGUAUUAUAGCAAUACUUUGUCCCCUAAUACUUUGGGUUUUCCAUUUUGAACCUAACUAGUCUGUUCUUGUAACAUAGUACUUGUGUUCUUGUGAUCAGAACAUGAAAUGGAGCAGAAUGAUUAGUGCAGAGUAAGAUGCUUAUUUGACAAACAUUGGUUUCUCUUCAGUAAUUAUAGUAAAUAUGUAUAUUAUCUCCUACUUGGUUUAUUAUUAGCAACUGUGUUUGGCACAAAAGAGGUAAUUUUUUCUCUGAAAUCAUACUUUUCAGUGUAAUAGAAAAGGAAAAAAUGCACAAGGAAUAGCAUAAUUUUUUAUAAUUAAGAGCAGAAAUCAUAUUCUCAUUGAAUGAAUCAUCAAGACCAGGGGUGUCAAAAUGAAGUCCCGCAGGCCACAUCUGACCCAUGGGGUGCUUAAAUCUGGCCUCAAAGGGUCGGCCACGGCCUGUUUUCGGCUUCCAUGUCCUCCAGCAGCACUCUGCUGGCCAAAAACAGGCCGCACGGAACCUCCGCGCAGCCCCUUUCAGCCAGCAGAGUGCUGCAGGAGGACUGGAUUGGACUGGAUUACAAUUAUGUGGCCUCAAGUAAGUGCCUGAUCUCAAUAGAAAACAAGCAACGUUAUGUUAAUACUACAGUUUAAUGCCAGAUUUUACAUACUGUAGGUCCAUUUAAACUACAAUCAACGAUCUAUAAUUGGCAGCCAUUUCUAUUUACUAUCCUGGAAAUUAACCUCUACUGUUAGAUCUUGUAUUAUCAUGUUAUUUAUGCUAUUGUAUUUUUAUUAUUAGUUGAAUAAUAAAAAUACAAUAGUAUAAAUAGCUUUUGUGCCUGGAAAAGCAAUUUACUAUUAAACAAUGGGAUAUAAAUUUAGAAAUAAAAGGUUUAAUGAAGUAUGAAUGCAUCUUGAGCCUGUGUCAAACGCCCACCAUGGCAUGCCUGCCCCCGGCCACCACCCUCAGCCCUCUGAGGUCAAACACAACCCUGAUGCUGCCCUCAAUGAAAUUGAGUUUGACACCCCUUCCCAUGUGAUCUAGUAAGCUAUUUGAACUCAGGUGUCUGUGAAAUGCCAUAUCCAUUUAAGCAAAGUAAACAAAGCAUUAGGUUUAUGCUGAUUGUCAGUCUGUUAUAAUGUUGGAGCAACCCCUGCAACAUCUUAGAGAGGUAUAUAAGCAUUGUGCUCCAUUUUUGUUAGAGCAGCAAAACUGACUGAUUACAUUGCUAAAGAACAGUGCACAGGCAUAAGCCAGAAGUCAAAACACAGAACACCUUGGAACUUAUAUAGCGGUUUAGUUGAAUGUGAAAGGCAGCUAUAUAAAUUAUAUAAAUGGCAAAUCAAUUUAUUGUAGUGAUGUUUUCCUCUGAGGUCAUGUUAGAUAAACACUCUUAACCUCUUACUAAAAUACCCUUUAAUCACCAUAAAAUAGACCAGAAGACUGAAGUUGAAUGGGUUUUUUUCCCCCUUGGUGGUGCUAUCACAGCUUUCAGCUAUUCAUAUCACUAUCAUAAGCAGAAGCAAAUCAAAACACCCUGUUGCAUUAUCCUACCCUGAAGACAUGAAUUAUACCUAUAGAGCCUGAUUCUUACCAAUACUUACUCAGUAACAUACACACAGAUAUAAACAGGUAGGUGCCAUAAUGGGACAUGUUUCCAGCUCAUGUAAUACAAAUAGUUCUCAACUUACAAGCACAAUUGAGUCUGGAUUGUAACUCAUUGUAGUCUUUAAGCAAGGCACCUAUGUGACCACCUCCCUCAACAAUUGCAGUGCAAGCUCCUGUCGCAGUCGAUAAGCGACUGUGCAGGGCGGCCUCGGGGUGUGGAAGCCCUAUGCCCACCAGCACAUGGAAAUCUGCUGCUGGCUGGGAGAUGACAGCUGGCUAGGCCCACCACACUCCAGCCUGUACAAGGGCCCCAUUUUCAUAAUGAUUCAGAAGGACCCUUCUGCAAAUUGUGCAACUUAGAGAAGGGGUCUAAGUUGCGCAUAGUGAGAACAAUAGCGUUUGACAGCAUUUUCUCCUCUGGAGAGGAAAAUGCUAGUGAAGCUGGAAUUCUGGAAGGCUCUGAGACUCAGUAUUCUGAAACUUUCAGACCAUUAGCAAAGGUGACUUUCUGAAAGAUUCUGAGCCUGAACGCUUGCUAGUACAGUAUUUUUGCCAGAUUUGAGUUCCAUUCUUCCAGCACGUAGGAGGAAAUGUCCCUUUGUGCACUGGAAGACUGGGCCUCAAAUCCUCCAUUUGCAACCUUUCCUGCUGGCUUUCUCCAUUGACUUUCUGAGGAAGCCAGCAAAGAUCACAAAUGCCGAUGACAGGGCACUUGGCAGCUGGUUAUGAAAGUAAACAGGUUGCCAAGUGUGCAAAAUGCAGUCAUGUGACAAGGGUGAAAGUGGCACAAUGUUUUUUUACAAGUGCUUGUAAAGCGUUUUACAGGCCCUAGUACAUGUUCCAUUGCCAUUGUGACUGAAUGGUUGUUAAACAAAUGGUCAUAAGUGGAAGACUAUCUGCGAGAGCUUCUUCACUGAUCAUAAACAUAUAAACAUAACCAAUACAUGACAGAUUUUGCUGUUAAAUGCAAUCGAACAGGUUUAUAUUAUAUUAUUCAAUAUAUUGAAUGUAGAUGCACUAUACUUGCUUGCACUAUAUUGUUGAAAUAAAAUAUUUUUUCCAUAUUUUAUGUGCACUUCCUUCAUCUAAAUUUAUAAAUGAUUCUUGAAGUUAGCAAAUAACUCUAAUAGUGAAUACACAGUUAUUAACCACUGUAACGUACUAAUCCUGUGCAUUGCUAAAUAUUUUGCAAGAAAUAAUCUUCAGUUAUAAGAAACUGAAGGCAUUAAAAUAUUGUGACUAACAGCACAACUUUAUAUAUAUAUAAUAUAUAUUCAAAAGUAAGUCCCUUAAACAUAACCUCAACUAUUUAGACAACUCUUAACUUUAGCAUGGUAAACCACUUCAAUUUGUAAGAUUUGAUGGAGUGUUUUCAUUCAAUAUACUAAUUAUCUUUCAAUGUACAGAUAUAAAACGUUUUACAAAAUGUGCACCCAUUUUAUAAUAGUUUUACUCUGUAUUUUUCUCUAACAAAAAGGUAAUUCCUGCUGGGUUAAAAUAUUGUAAUUACUUUCUAUAGUUGGAAUGAUAAGCACAGCUAUGUAUCUUUUAAAGAUAACAUUAAAAACUGUUUUACAAGUCA